AUGGCGUCUGUGUUAUUCACCGGUACACGAUAUGGCUUCAAAGCCACUUCUGAUGGCCUUAUUUUUAUCACCCCAGUGUUCAUCAAAUAUAACGAGGAAAUGGCAUCCUACUCGCGUCAAGCCUACCUUGCUGAAGACCCUGGUGGGGUUCUCCGUGAUAUUGAAGUCGACGAAGAAGCAAUGAUGUCACCGCAUCGAGUCGAUCAAGGAGGCAUCCCGCUCGUCUGCUACGCUUGCGAAAAGAUUCCAACCUUCUCUGAUCUUUCUCAUCUGAUCACCCAUGUCAGCUCAAAGGCCCACCUACUGGAGCUUUACAACCUACGCAUCAAGAGUUAUGGCAACGAAGCAUGCGCUGCUCAAGCUCGCAAGUUCGAAAUCUGGAACCAGACAUACAACAUUGACCAGUUGGUUCGGCAGCGUAUGGAGGCAAGGGACGAAAAAGGUAUCCAGCCACAGCGACGUGGCUAUACUCAGAGAGACGAAGCCUCUGGUCGAUCGACAGCACGUCGUGGCGCUCGCGGUACUCGUGGCCGUCGUGGCAAUGUGAACUCCCGUGGUCGCAGUCGCAAAGUUUCUGAUCUUACGGAUAUCAAACACGAGCCAGAUGAUGGCAUGAGCUUUGGAGAUGGCUAUGAAGACCUACAAGGUCCUUCAAUUCAUUCUUGGCAAACUAACCUUAACCCGCUCAUGUCCCAAGAGGGUGAUCUAGAUCUGAUACCACAGGGAAACUUCGAAGACUGGGGAGACGAAGAGGAUCUCGUAAAAUAUGAGUCUUCGGAGGCUGAAAGUUCCUACCCAUCGGAGAACCUCACCGAGGUCACAGAAGUUAACGAGAACGAUACGGGUAGCCUUAGUCUCAAGGGUGUGGUAUAUCCUGGCAUGGGUCUCUUUGAUGCCGCUAAGGAGGAACAACGGCGUAAGAGAAACCAGCGCAAGCCUCCCGCUGUUCUUCUGCAGCUGGAAAUCAACUCGAGAAUGGUUACAACGCAAGAAGAUGUAUAUGAUUUAAAUCUCGAGUACCAACGAUCUAGAGAUGUUUAUGAUGAUCCAUCCAUCGAUGGGAGCGAGGACGAGGACGAUGUAGAGAGAAAGCCUAGACGUCGAGGCGCCCAAGCCCACGCAACUUUAGUUUCCAAGAGGGCAAAGCACCGUACUUCAUCUCGUGAUACUCGCACCACACGUACUACUCGAGCAGCGGCACAGGCUGCACAACGGUUCACAUCGACAGAAGACUUCAUUCCGCCAGCGCACAGUCGAACUUUGAACGCCGGGGGGAGGAUUGCGAGAUCUGCUUCAAAUUGCGGUUCAGUGUCACAGGCCCAGCUACCCCUUCAUAAUCAUGGGUUUCAGGGAGAAAGUAGCAUAAUCCACGAUCCUUUGGUUAUGGACAAUGACCUAGGUUGGGUGCUACCCCAUGAAUCUGCCGGUGACACUCCGGCUGACAUUGAACAGCAGACGUUGCCGAUACCCCCCCUGGUAGACGAAGGCGACAGUGAGUCAUUAAUAAUGUCCCAAUUCGCGUAUACUGGGCUCACAUACCUUGACAGUCAAGACCGUCUACCCGGCCUUGCCUUACGACCAGGCAACCCGAAUCUGUCGUUCGCGUCUCCAAGCCCUAGUCUCAAACGACCCUCAUCGCAUUUUCUCGGGAAGGAGAAUGAUAGCUUAGCACGAAAACCGCCGGUCGCAUCCUCGAACCCCUAUCUACAGUCCAUCAAUUCUACCCACAAUGAGAAUUACAACCCGCUUUAUGUCCAACCUCAAGACGGACUUGCGUUUCGCAUGUACGAUACGUAUGAAGAGGACGUAAAGCCGGUAACAGGUUUCCACCCUGUCAAUGGUCACGACGGGUUCAACUCUUUACAGAUGCAGGCUCAUCAUGGUGCAACGUAUGCCUCCAACCAGACCGGUGCUGACGAUUUCGAUAUUUAGAAUAUCGCAUUUAUUUGGUACGACCUACACGUCUCGAGUCGUCGGCUAGCG